CAGCCAAAAAUGUCUUUAUAAGCAAAUGUAAAAAUGGGCUCCUGCAUAACUCAUCGUUUUCUCACUUUCUCCUCGAUCUGCCUCCAUCUCUUCCACUGACCCACUGUCACCGCAGUCCCCCCUGAUAUCAAGAGGCAUGGAAAUUGUUGCAGCGGCGGUAGUAGCAACUGGCAAGUUUCUCUGUGGCUCUAUCUAUUCUAAGAUCAAGGGCAUUAUCAAAUUCCAAUCAAACCUUGACAUUUUGGAAAGGGAGAUGAAAGGCCUCUUGGCUGUCAAAGAUGAAGUGCAAACUGAAACAGAUUCAGCUGAGAAAGAAGGGAAAGUACUGAGAACCCAAGUUAUAGAGUGGCUUAAGGAGGUUGAAGAGCUUCAGCUUCAAGUCAAUCAGAUUCAAGAAAAAAAGCUUUCUCGACAAUCCUUGAAUUGCAGAAAACGGUAUGGAAUAAAUAGGGAAGUGGUAGAAAAGCUCAAAGAGAUAAAAAGACUUCUAGAAGCUGGGAGUUCACAUUGUGGUGCUGUGGCAGUCAAUCAUUCAAUGCCCAGCGCAGUGGAGCACAUUCCUGGACCAACAAUUCAAGAUCAAACAACACCAUCAAAGACUUUAGCCGAAAUUAUGACUUUAUUGUCUGAUAAUGAAGUCCGAAGGAUCGGUAUUUGGGGUAUGGGAGGAGUAGGCAAGACUACUCUGGUAAGAAACUUGAACAAUAAGCUUAAGAGCAUUUCCUCAACGCAGCCUUUUGGCAUCAUCAUAUGGGUUACUAUUUCCCUGAAUUUGGACAUGAGAAAAGUCCAGGAACAAAUAGCUGAAAGAUUGAAUUUGGAAAGAAAAAUGGGAGAAAGUAUGGAGAAGUUGGCUAGUCGACUUUAUCAAAGACUUCAGAAGGAGGAAAAGUUUCUGCUCAUUCUAGAUGAUGUGUGGGAGAAAAUUGAUUUGGACAAUUUGGGUGUCCCACAGCCUGAAGAUCAUAAGGGUUCUACGAUCAUAUUGACAACUCGAUUUUUUGAUGUUUGUAGGCACAUGAUGACCGAUGUUCAAGUUAGAGUGGCUGUUUUAAAUGAUGAAGAAUCUUGGCAAUUGUUUAGUAGAAAUGCAGGGAAUUUGACUAAUUUGGAACACAUUAGACCAUUUGCAAAAGCAAUUGUUAGAGAAUGUUGUGGAUUGCCUUUGGCCCUCGUCACCAUGGGAGCUGCUAUGAGAGAAAAGACAAAGGUCGAACUAUGGAAACAUGCCUUAAAUGAAUUGCGAAGACCAGUGUCUUGUCCACCAAACAUCGAGCAUAAGAUCUAUAAGCCAUUGAAGUGGAGUUAUGACUCAUUAGAAGGUAAAAAUAUAAAAUAUUGUUUCUUGUAUUGCUCUUUGUUUCCAGAGGACUUCUCAAUUGCAAUAAGUGAACUAGCACGGUGCUGGCUGGCUGAAGGUUUGCUAGAUGAGCAAGAAAACUAUGAGGAUUCAUUCAAUUGUGUAAUUCAUUUAAUUGAAAAUCUGAAGGAUUCUUGUUUGUUGGAAGAUGGUGCCCGUGAGGACACGGUAAAAAUGCAUGACGUUGUUCGUGAUGUUGCUAUAUGGAUUGCCUCGUCGUCUGAGGAUGGAUGUAAAUCCCUUGUUCGUUCUGGGAUUGGCUUGAGCGAGAUGUCAGUUGUCAAGUUAUCAUAUUCUCCCAAUAGAGUUUCGUUCAUGAAUAACAAGAUAAUAAGGUUGCCAGAUUAUGUGGUACAAUGUUCAGAGGCCUCCACUUUGCUACUACAAGGUAAUCGUCCCCUCGACAGAGUUCCUGAGAGAUUCUUGCAAGGAUUUGAAGCACUCAGGGUCUUAAAUAUGAGCGAAACCCGCAUCCAGUCAAUGCCUUUGUCUCUACUUCAACUUGGUGAACUUCGUGCUCUUCUUUUAGGGGGUUGCUCUUGUCUUGAAAAGUUACCCCCACUGGGAGGGCUUAGUAAACUUCAGGUGCUUGAUCUCUCUCUCACUUGUAUCAGAGAAUUGCCAAAAGGGAUGGAAAAUUUGAGCAACUUGAUGCAUCUAAGCUUAUCCCACACUCAGAACCUAAGAACCAUUCAAGCUGGAAUUAUAUCUCGGUUGUCUUGUUUAAAUGUUUUGGAUAUGACACAUAGUGGUUAUUGUUUCAGUGUGAAGAGAGAUGUACAAGAAGAAAUGGCAUGUUUUGAAGAGCUAAAAUGCCUCGAGCGAUUACUUGUCCUUUACAUCAGAUUGGAGAGAAUCCCAUAUUUCAGCGAUGAAGAUCUUUCCUGGAUGUAUAGAUUAAGACAAUUCAAUUUUUCUGUUGGCCCAAUGCCGAAUUUCGUAGAACAUGAAAAAGGGAUGGUGUGGUCUCUCAGCAGUCUUGAUCUUAAUUCAGAAGAACGUAUUGGGCCAUUGUUGAGUAAUGCAAGUUCUCUCAACUUACAUAAAUGUUUGGGACUGAGUGAUAUGCUAAAAGACUUGGUCAUUGACUGCUUUGCUGGUUUAAAAUCUCUUACCAUUUCGUACUGUGACAGCAGUGUAUUGGGAGGAGCACGUGCCAAGUGUGAUCUACUACCAAACCUAGAGAAACUUUGUCUUCGACAACUGAAAAAUGGAGAAAGCAUUUCACAACUGUUUGUCCAUCUUAGGCUGAGAUUUCAACAUCUAAAAUUAUUAGAAGUGGAGUUGUGUUCCAAAAUGGAAUAUCUUCUUGACUAUGGUGACGACUUCUUUCAGAGCCUGCCAAACCUAGAAGUAAUCAAGGUGCGGGACUGUGACAGCUUAGGUCAGCUCUUUAGGCAUCAUUCCGAGCAAAGUAUUGCUCCACAUCUUGUUGUUCCAAGCCUACGGAUAUUGGAAUUGGACAACCUUCCCCAAUUAAGUACUCUUUCCCGAAACGAAGAGACAUGGCCACUUCUAGAGCAAGUUCAUGUGUUCAAUUGCGAUGGUGUUUGGAAGCUGCCUCUUACCGAUCAAAAUGCAGAAAACAUAAAAGAAAUAAAAGGAGACUCAAAAUGGUGGUUUGCAUUGGAGUGGCAUACUGAGACAACCAGAUCGAGUCUGCAGCCUUACUUUCAUCGAAUUCAACACAGAGUUCAAGGCAUUUACCAACCUUUGGGCUAUCCAGAUGGGACAUGAGAGUGAUUGAGCAACAGGUUGAUGAAGAAGCUUUGCAGAAUAAAGAUAAGAGGCUUCAGACAUCUUGAUGAGUGGAGUCCGAACACCAGAGUGCCAAUAAAUUCCUCACCUGGAAUUGUUUGUUGGUGUCUGGCAAUUCUACCUUGGAAUGCUAAAUUUAUAUUAAUCACAUUUGGGAUUGACAGUCCAUCUCAUCUAGGCGUUUAAAAUAAACAU